UUGUCGUUGUAGCUACUUAUCACCAUUUUUACAGUGUUGGGAAUUUCAUCAAAACCUCUGGAAAUUUGAGAUAAUCAAGAGUUAUAAUCGAUUUUCGCUCUUGUCCAGUAAGAUGCUUCAAAGGACCUCCCCUUCUAACAAGCCAAACCAGAUCUUUGCUGUAAGAGAUUUUCCACAUGGAUGUGGUACUCAGCCUGUCAAGAAUCAGAGAAGUGAGUAUUGUAGCGAGGUUGUUGCAGUCACGAGUGAGAAACGGCAUGGUUAUGAACAUCGUUGUGUUGGUGUUGCUGAUCAAAAUUACCACAAGAAGCCUGCUUAUCCUGCUGAUAGGUCUAAGAAAGUUGAAUCAUUUGAUGUGAUUAUGAAGAAAGCUGGCUUCAAUUUAGCACCUAAUGGUAACGUUGGGAAAGGAAGAUUCGUUUCAGGUAAGAGGAAGUUUCCUCCAUAUUGUGGAAGUAAAGUGAAACCUCUAAGUUCAGAUGAAACUAUGAGACUAAUUGCUUCUCAGAGCAAAAGAAAACAACUUUCAGAUUCACCUACUAACAACAUUCCAAGGAAGCCUUUGUUAGCUAAAGCUGCGCAGAAUCAGAGGAACUAUCCGGAGAUGAAGAAGAGGUUUAGUAAUGCAAUUUUACUAAAAGCAAAGGCUCAUAAACAAACUCAAAACAGAGAUGAAAGGCGACCAAAACAGCUUGAACACAUCCCGGUUAUGCAACAAAACCAUAUUACCAAAGUUCUUAGCCCACGAGAUAAAGUUCUCAGGGCGCUGCGUCGUUUCAGAAUGGUGUUUGAAGAGCUUGAUCGAGACAAAGCAGCACGGCGUGGAGAAUCAAAGACUUGUACAAGUAGAAUAGAUUGCGACACACUGACUAUCCUGAAGAGAGAGAGGAUGCAAGUGAAUACAGAAAAGAUUAUUGGACCAGUCCCUGGAAUCGAAGUUGGAGAUGAGUUUCAGUACAAAUCAGAACUCAACUUGAUUGGUCUCCAUUUCGACAUCAUGGGUGGGAUUGAUUACAUGAAUAUAGGAGACAUGAAACUAGCUACGAGCAUUGUUUCAUCGGAAGGUAAUGGUUACAUCGAUAGGUUUAACUCUGAUGUGAUGAUUUACUCUGGUCAAGGAGGUAACGUAAAGAGCAAGGAUAAGAAAGUAAUCGAAGAUCAGAAGCUUGUUACGGGGAAUUUGGCUUUAGCUAAUAGCAUGAAGGAAAAGACUCCAGUGAGAGUGAUUCGUGGCAGAAAGAGAUUGGACCAGAGAGGAAAACGUUACGUGUAUGUUGGGUUAUAUUUGGUUGAAGAUUAUUGGCGAGAGAGAGGACCAGGAGGUAAUGUUUUGUUCAAGUUCAAGCUUCGUAGAGCCUCUGAUCAGCUUUCAGAUGACUUGGACAUUAGUGUGAGAGACUAAACUCUUUUGUUUUUUUCCGUGUAGUAUCAGAUUUGAAAGUUUAGGUCCUGGAUCUGUGGUAGUCUUAUCAAAUCAACUUUAAUUUUGUUGACAAUCAUAACAGUAGGU